UUCACAGGGAGAGUGCUAGCACUGGGAAUGGUUGAUAUGCAAAUAUAAGGGCUUCUCUGAAAAACAUCUUGCUUGCCAUGAACAGCCUUCUGCCUUCGAUAUGUAGCCAGAGGACAGUGUUGGGUGGGGCUUAAUUUUCUGAGACAAAAUUCAAGUAUAUAUAGUUGAACUAUACAUAUUUGUCUCCUCCUGCUGCUUCUCGCUCUAUCUCAUCUUCUCCGUGCCUGGUUAGAAUAUACGUUUCAUGGGGUUUGGAUCUGGCGUCGUGGGCUCGGUGACGUGCCCAACAGUACUGCUAAAAUAUAUAUAGUAUAUAAGAAAGCAGUGUACGUGCAUGAAAAGGAAUCAGCAAACAGCAAUAGAGCAGCUGAACAGGGACGAGGAUGAAGAAGAGGGGCAGUCAGAAAAGAGCAGAGCCUAGAAGACAGCAAUAUCUGAAGACGGAAGGAUGACUGGGGAAAUGGACAAACAAAACAGGUUAGAGAUAAACCAGGAUUAGCAAUUAGGGUGGAGGAAACUCAAGUCUGUAUGGAAAAAUAGAAUUUGAAUUUAGAGAAAAAUGUAAGGAAAGAUCUAAGCAAAGAGGAUGAGAAAAAUAUAUGUAGUGAUGGAGACAGAUAAAUGGAAAUAUCAAUGAGCAUAAAUUAAUGGGGGGGAGGCAGGGAGAGAUUUUGGAAAAGAGAAUUAAGCAAGGGAGUCCAGUAAAAACCCUAGUUAGGGGGCUUAAGGAUAUAGCAGGAAAAUGACUGAGUCAGUGGGGCUUGAAGUUAGCCACCCACAGAAAUAAAGUGAAGGAGAUGCUUGAAGGAUUGAUCCAUGCAGCCAAGCAAGUUAUGGAGCAAAGGGCCCCAAACACAGAUCCAGAGGUUAAAAGGGCAUCAUUUGCAGAUGACAGGCAGUGGAGAAGUGGAGGGCUAGAAAGAUCAGCCAGUCCUCCUAGGUUGCUUUAGUUCUGCCCCAAAAUGCCGUGUAUCAUGGCAGACUGGGGUCUCCAUGGCCUGUUCUCCCCACUCCUUCCUGACGCCGCGUCUUGGCGCCCAAGGCCAGAGCCUACCAUUGCAGUGCUGGGCUCCCUGGCCUUGCUCUUUAUCUGGUAUUGCUACCGGGUGGGGAGUGGGCAGGCCGUACCCGCGUCUCAUCAGCAAGGUGUGCCAACAGAGGAGCGAUGCCCUCGCCGCACCCUCCAGAGCGACGCCAUCAACCAGCGCCUGUAUCGCAGCCUUCGAGACUAUGCCAAGCGCUACUCGUGGUCAGGUAUGAACCGGCUGUACAAAGGGAUCCGGGACCAGGCCCAUUACCAGCUGGGGGAACGCCUGGCCAUUCAGAAGCCCAGCGCCUUCUACCUCCCAGACCUGCCCUCCGCCCCAUACUUCCCCCGCGAGUCCCAGCGCCACGAUGUGGAGAUUCUUGAACUCAGCUUCCCAGCCAUCUUACGGGAAUUUGAGGGCAUCGCCUGGGAUUUUGCCUCUGGAGCAUCGAUGCCACGGGGAUGGACGGCCAAUGCCCACCCUGGUUGGCAUAGCUAUUACCUCUACAGGCAGGGUGAGUGCAUUGCACAGAACUGUCGCAGCUGCCCAUGGACGUACCGGGCGCUCAGUGCUCUACGCACCUUCGUUAAUGCCAAUCGCUUUGGUAAUGCUUGCUUCAGCGUCUUACAGCCUGGAACCGUGCUACCUGGGACCUACGGGCCGACUAAUACCAGGGUGCGGUGCCACUUAGGAAUAAAGGUUCCUCCUGGUUGUGAGUUGGUGGUCGGUGGUGAGCCACAGUGCUGGUCGGAAGGAUACUGCCUUCUAGUGGAUGACUCCUUCUUGCACACGACAGCCCACAAUGGUUCUCCCAUGGAUGGACCCCGUGUGAUUUUUAUUGUGGACCUCUGGCAUCCCAAUGUGGCGGGACCUGAGCGGCAGGCCCUGGAUUAUAUCUUUGCUCCUGGUCGGUAGAUGCUUGCCUGGAUCAGGUAUUGUAGCCCAGAAGAAACAAAACCACAAUGCCACCACUAAUGUUCGCUGCUCUUCAGUCAUCAAAAGCCUCCUACGUGACCGCCUUGAUAUAGAUAUUGUUACACUCACCAUUAUGUAGUCUGGAUAGGAGAGAUGUUCCUUAAAUCCAGAGUGCUGUAUCAGAUCCAAGAAUCUACGAAAGGAAGUAUGUCGCAAGGGGGCCGUGGUGUAUGUGUGUCUUCAUUUCCAUCAUAGUGAUCCUGUGAAUUCUUAUCAAAUACCUGCCCUGUGGAUCUUUGUGACAUGGUGUACCUCAGCUCCUCUUUCCACGGCAUUUAUGGUACACAGUGACAGGCUGGACAGUUAUCUUGUGACCUGUUUUGUUAAUCUUGCAGGCUUAUAAUUUUGGAACCGUGCAGAUGCUGCUGGCUACGCUCCUGGCUACAAACCCUUAGCAGGUAUCUGGAAGUUCAGCAAGCCUGAUUUUAGUGCCACUUUCCCUAAAUUGCUCUUUGGAUGUGCUCGCUGGACAACAAUGCGCACUAACAGGCAACACGGGGGAAUGCUGGCUUGGGAUAAUACAUGUUGUAGUCCAACAUACUAGAGGGUCCAGGGUUGGACAAUACUAUUUCAAGCAGCAUGGGUUUUUUUCUAGGUGUCAGGAAGGAGAAAUCACUCAAGAUAAGCACUCACCUGUCUGUGUCAUUUGUUAAUUCCCAAGCUGCAGCUCUAUUGCAAUUUUGUGUGAUAGGAUUUAAUUCUAGAAGAACCCCAAGCAAUUAAGAUGUACAGUACUUCAAUAAAAUCUUUAGAGCCUCCCUUA